AUGGAACUGGAUUUUGGACAUUUUGACGAAAGAGAUAAGGCAUCCAGGAACAUGCGAGGGUCCCGGCUAAAUGGGCUUCCCAGCCCUACCCACAGUGCCCACUGCAGCUUCUACCGGACCCGGACCUUGCAGGCUCUGAGCAACGAGAAGAAGGCCAAGAAGGUCCGCUUCUACCGUAAUGGAGACCGCUACUUCAAGGGCAUCGUGUACGCCGUGUCCACUGACCGCUUCCGCAGCUUCGAUGCCUUGCUGGCUGACCUGACCCGCUCCCUGUCCGACAAUAUCAACCUCCCCCAGGGGGUGCGCUACAUCUAUACCAUCGAUGGAGGCCGCAAAAUCGGGAGCAUGGACGAGCUGGAGGAAGGUGAAAGCUACGUGUGCUCCUCAGACAAUUUCUUCAAGAAGGUGGAGUACGCCAAGAAUGCCAACCCCAACUGGUCAGUCAACGUGAAGACCUCAGCCAAUCUGAAAGCUCCCCAGUCCCUGGCCAGCAGCCACAGUGCCCAGGCCAGGGAGAAUAAGGACUUUGUUCGGCCUAAGCUGGUGACCAUCAUCCGCAGUGGAGUGAAGCCCCGCAAAGCCGUGCGGGUGCUCUUGAACAAGAAGACUGCCCACUCCUUUGAGCAAGUGCUCACUGAUAUCACUGAAGCCAUCAAACUGGAGACAGGAGUGGUCAAAAAGCUGUACACUCUGGAUGGGAAGCAGGUGACCUGUCUCCACGAUUUCUUUGGUGACGAUGAUGUGUUUAUUGCCUGCGGUCCUGAAAAAUUCCGCUACGCCCAGGAUGACUUCUCCCUGGAUGAGAAUGAGUGCCGAGUCAUGAAGGGGGCCCCACCUGCCACCACAGGCACCAAGUCAUCUCCCAAGACUCAAAAGAGCUCAGCAAAAAGUCCUGGCCCCGUGCGCAGGAGCAAGUCUCCGGCUGACUCAGGUAACGACCAAGAUGCCAACGGGACAUCUAGCAGCCAGCUGUCCACCCCCAAGUCAAAGCAGUCGCCAAUCUCGACCCCCACCAGCCCUGGGAGCCUCCGGAAGCACAAGGACCUGUACCUGCCUCUGUCCUUGGACGACUCCGACUCCCUGGGAGAUUCCAUGUGA